GAAUGCCCCUCUCCCAUAAUGCACUGCGGAGGAGCAUGGCCGACUUUGGUUUAGGAGUGUCGUACGAACGAGAAUGAAUGUGCUGUUUCUGUGCCACACCGGCUGACAUUCAUCAAAAACAACCAACUUCCCGAGUUUGUGAAGUGACUCUUACAGAUUAUGAUUUUGUAAUCGCGCCGUGAGGAGCCGACGAGUCACUGCGUUUAUCUCCGUGGCACCUUCGUGUGAUAGCUGACCAGAGCCAACAUGGCAGGAGUUGUAGCCAAGCGUGAGGGACCACAGUUCAUCAGUGAAGUGGCUGUGAGGGGCAACGCUGCCGUGCUGGACUACUGCCGCACCUCUGUAUCCGCUCUGUCCGGGGCAACAGCUGGUAUCCUCGGGCUGACAGGACUGUAUGGCUUCAUUUUUUAUUUCCUCUCCUCAUUUCUCCUCUCUCUGCUGCUCAUUCUCAAGGCUGGACGGCGGUGGAACAAAUGCUUUAAAUCGCGGCGGCUGCUCUUCACCGGAGGCCUUGUUGGAGGCCUUUUUACCUACGUCCUGUUUUGGACUUUCCUCUACGGAAUGGUGCAUGUGUACUAAAAUGAUCUACCACAAAUAACCCUGAAUUAUUUCUACCUAAUCCUACAUAAACCAAUAAAAUUGUCUGCCCUGCUGUUUGUAGAUACACCAUUAGUGAAAGACUUUUGAUUUUUCCAUUAUAGACUGUUAAUGUACUGGAGGAUGUGUCAAAAAUUACCACAUGCAGAAUGAAUUGUCCUCCUUUUAAUCCUGCUCCACACUUAACCUGUGACUAUGAAUUUAUUUAAUCUGUAACUCAGAAUCAUCCAUACCAGAAUAAGAGCCACAGUUAUUAUAAUGUAGUUUGUAGUUUAACGUAGAUCAAAACAGAUUACAUUUUAUGUACAAUACUAUGGUCGGAUUAUAACAGAUGUGAUCACUGAUUUGAAUAAAUACCUCUGUACAA